UUCGAAGCUUGACACAAAUUCAAAAGGUGCCAGUGGGCUAGGGAGGCUUUAGGGGCGAGGGAAGCUCCUAGGCUACGAGCCUCGCGGCAUGGUUCACUGAUCAACCAGCAGCGACUGGCGGGUGUAGGACCACUACUAAGUAGUAGUUGUGCAUGCGCCUGGCGGGAUGUAAGCCAGCUCUAGCGGACCCGUUUGUUCUUGCUGCCUUUCGCCUUGUUUACCACUCCACUGCAUCGGUUCAAGUUGGUACAGGUUUCUUCCUUCCAAUGCCGCCGAUAUUCGAUCUCCCCGACCUUUACAAUUGAAUGUAGCUGCAAAACCAUAGGAGCCAUCGUUAGCCCUAGCAGAUACAAGCCUCCGAUAUGAUCUCUCCCCGAAACAGCACCUGAGGCACGAUCUUGUCCUCGCCGGCUCAGGCGGCCGUGCACAUGGCGCAACCAGGCUUUCCGUGGCAUUCUCAAUCGCGGGAUCCUGAGAAAGAUCCAGUAUUACCAGAAGGGGUAAAAGUUGUUGCGCCGGUGGUAGAUGGAACCAAAAAGACCGACCUGGAAAAGUCAGAUAAGUGCACGUCCUCGACCGAUCACAGUCAGCAAAGGAGCCAAAGUACCGGGCAGGGACAGCAUCUUAAUGGUUCGACAAAAGACUCCCCAAGUCUCGUUUCGCCCGUUGUGAAAUCUGUGUCCGAUAGCAGUACAUCCAAGCCGAAGAAAACUCCGCUGCCCGUUCGAACUAUACCACCCUGGGUCCAGGAUGCGGAAGAAGAAGACCUCGAAGAUCCUCAAUUUCAGUUCCCGGAUGCACCUCAUGCGGCGCUCGUUGCGCAUCAUAAUUUCGCCCCGUCGAUAGCCCGAAAGCCACUUCUUUCAGGCGAGCACCACCACGACGGAGGGUUUGUCACAUCCUCCGGGCACGUUCGUCCAGAGCGCACGUCAAGAUGGAUAUCAUUUGCCCGCGCAAGUGCCUACCCACGCGAGACCUCCAACGGUGAGAAGGUGGAUCCAGAAUAUUUGAAUAAACACUUUACCGACUAUUCACGACCCUGGCUCGACGGGCGUGACGAAGAAGAGGCGGACGAGAACAACAGCAGGUACCGAGCGUUCCGCAAAAAGCGACAGGUCUGGUACAAACGAGCUCAAUUUACCAUCCUUCGCAAUCCAUUUAUACCACUGGCUUUCCGAUUGACGGUAUUCUGCUUCGCCCUGAUAGCCCUGGCUCUAGGAACUACCAUCUACCAUGAGACAGGCAAGAUCGUGAAAUGCAUCAAACAGCAUCCGCGCAGCGAUUCUUGCGUAUCUCUUGUCGGCACUGAAGAACAGGACUAUUACCGGGAUCCUUCUGGGCUGAUGGCAGUCAUCGUCGACGCCAUCGCGCUGGCUUACACCUUAUACAUUACAUACGACGAGUACUUUUCCAAACCAUUAGGACUGCGACCGGCUCGAGCCAAAGUGCGCCUCGUUCUAUUGGACUUGUUUUUUGUUGUUUUUCAAUCGGCAAACCUUGCCUUGAGCUUUGAGUCGUUGACCGUGGAUGAGGGGGCCUGCAAAGUCGGCGACGAACCGAGGACAUCCAAUCGAUUCGACAACGUAUGCGAUCGGGCGCGGGCGCUCAGUGGUGUUUUGCUUGUCUCCCUGGUAGCAUGGCUGAUGACUUUCUCUGUUAGUGUUUUGAGAUUGGUGGAAAGAAUUGACACCAAAUGAGGCAUGUUCCAGUGAGCUUGAUGAGCUACAGCGCGCUAUGGUCGCCAUUACGGCCGUGGCCAUCGCACCAGUUCAAGUUCACAGGACCUUGACGGGUGGAGCGCUAUCCUUACCCACACCCAUUCUAUAACUCUACUUGUGCAAACUUGGACCAUCAUCCCCGUAUAUGGGAUCCCGCUUGAACCAACCCAAGUCCGCAAUUGCCUUGACUUUUGAUUCUUCUCCCGCACGACCAUAGCACAUGUCCCAACUCUUACCUGGUGGGUAAGAGCCAACCAUCUGGAAACCUCCAUAGUCCUCGAGCAAGCGAUGUCCAACCCCUGCCGGGACAAUGACCACGUCCCCUUUUUGCAGGACUGGCUCUACGCGGCCGUUAUUUUGUUCGCCACCGAAACAGCAUUUGGCGGACCCGGAUGCAAUGCUCAGGACUUCAUGCGUAUUGGAAUGAAAAUGCGUUUCGCUGUACAUGGUGUAUCUCCAUGCUGGACAUACAACGCCGACCGAAUUGAGGUGGGACUCGAUAGUCGACGCGCUUGGUUUGGUGAAAACAGAGUGAUAAAUCAUGAGAGGUUUUCCUUGUAUGGAAGUGUUCGGGAUGCCCUUAUAGGCUGGUAUUUGAUGUGUCGACACUCGGAGGGCGCUCAGAGGAGUGAUGGACAUUUUCGUGCCGGAUAUCAAGUUGAAAGUCGGAAUAGGAUCUGAGCAGUGGUCCACGUUCUGUUACAGUGCAGUGGCAAUACCAGCCGAGAACGAUUCAUCUGUAGUUGACUUCCUUGUAUCGGUGUUAUCCUUUCUCCUCUAGCAAUUCUGACUUGGGAAUGCGUCCUGACCAAAUAACUUUGACUGUUGC